UAUUUCUUAAAAUAUAAAAUGUUCAAAAUUUCGUCAAAAUUUGUCUUCCAUUUCUUGUUAUUAAUUGGUUUAGGCUGUCAUUUAGGCCUAAUAUUAUCAUCAACAGCGGGGAAAGAUAUGGAUACUGAAGAAUAUGAAGGUGUGAAUAUAUCAACCUAUUUUAACCGCACUGAAAGUAAAACAUUUAACAAGACCAUUAUAAUUGAGACUGAAGAUGGCGAUUCUAAUGACAGCGAUACUACUGUAACGCUCCACGAGAUAGUAACUCCCUCUUACCGAGAAACAACUUUGAAGCAUUUAAUAUUUACUCAUCGAAAUGCUAAAACUCCUGAAAGACAUAUUAAAAAGACUAUUGAGAGAACUAGGUUUAAAUAUCCUCACGCGACCAACAAAUUUCCUUAUCAGGAUAGGAAAGAAAAACAAGUAGAACCGCUAUCCCAGUAUAUGCCAAGCACGCUCUUUGCAGAAUUUGAAUCCAUGAGAAUGCCCUAUGUUGGUGCCUUUUUCAAGUUCUUAGCAGAACAGUACGAAGAUAUUCACGAUUAUCCCAAAGACAUGUGUGGAAGCCGCUUCUGUAACCGUUGGAAAGUUAUUUGCAAAAAUAAAUUUUACGAAGUCAGAAAAUAUGAAAAUAUCACAGCGGUUGAAAGUUCAUCAACUGGAAUAGAAUAUACUCAAAGUGGAUUGAACAAAGCUUUCGAGAGAAUUUUCCGUUAUCUCAAUGGAGAAAAUGAUAAAAAUAUAAUCAUCAAUAUGUCAACUCCGAUAUUUAUUUUGCCGCUUGUCGCUACAAUCCGUGAUCCUAAACAACAAAUUUUCCAACUUUUAAAUAACAAGGAAGGUCCAUCGAUCUCUAUGGAUAUACCACCUCAAUAUGGACCUAACCCUCCUAAACCUACUAAUACCAUGGUUAGAAUAGUUAAAUAUGUAACUCCAGUGGCUUACGUAAGAAUGUUCGGUGGAUACGCCCUCCCUACUACUUUCAUUUCCAAGGCGAACGAAUUGCUCAAAAUUUUGGAAUUAAACAAGCAAAAGAUCACACACACACCUGUUCACACUAUCUACAACUUCCCCAACCAAUUUACCAAUAGAGUUAACGAGGUGUUUCUUGAAAUAGACAAUUUCGAUCCAAAUGGGAAAUAUUGUUGAAAUAAAUAUUGAUAAUAUUAUAAUUAUAAUUAUUAUUAAUAUUUAUAAUUGAUUUAUUUUAUCUUUAUUUAUUAGAAUAAUCGAAAAUAUUUGUAGUUUUAUUUUUUAAAAUUAGAAAUUGAUAAUAAAAAUAAAAGUUUUAAUGUUUUUA